AUGCCUUUUUUUAUGUGCGACGUCGACGAAAAAUCUGAAGUGCCGGUCAACUAUGGAAAAAAAGAAAUUCAAAUCAAGGCGCUUGGCCGUGUUGCGGAAUGUCGCGGUGAUGUUGAUGAUCAUCAACGACAAGGCACGAUCUCUGUUAUUGUUUGCCAUGAUGGCCUCGAUGAAACCGAUGAAGAAGAUGAAAGCAUGACCGUUGAAUACUUAGUUCCUUGGGUAAACUCCGCGUUAAAAUUUUCUGAGGCUUUCACCAUCGGCAGGCAAGUCUGCUUCCGCGGGACGUUAGGAGGGUGGAAUCGAAGGCUUGACAUGAUGAGAGUCAAGGUGACAAGCGGCAACCUUCAUGACGACCAAGUCGGGGAAUGA